AUGGCUGAACAAAAGGCCCUUCUUCUUGAGACUCCUAAGGGAGAGCUUCGCGUCAGACAAAUACCCAUCCCGAAACCCGGGCCUGGUGAACUCUUGGUAAAAAUACAUGCGACCGCUUUGAAUCCUAUAGACCAGAAAAGGCGCGAUACCGGCUUCCUCAUCCACGCUUAUCCCGCUAUCCUUGGACUCGAUGCCGCCGGAAUCGUGGAGGCUCUCGGGGAAGGCACGCAGGGAUUUGCGAAGGGCGAUAGAGUCGCAUACGAAGGACACGUUUUCUCGAAUGACAAGGCCACGUUCCAGCAAUAUUCUACGGUGCCAGCCGAGAUUGCGGUGAAACUACCGGAGAAUAUUUCUUUUGACGAGGCCGCUUCAAUCCCUCUCUGUAUCGCAACCGCAGCUGUGGGCCUCUACAGCGAAAGACCUGAAGGGGUCGGGAAGUAUACGCCUUGUUGGGAGGAAGGUGGCGAAGGUCUAUAUCGUGGAAAGCCAAUCGUCAUUUUUGGAGGAUCAUCGUCUGUAGGACAAUUUGGUAAGAGACGCCUCAUACAAUUUGCGAGGCUCUCUGGGUUUUCACCCAUCAUCACGACCGCUUCAUUGCACAAUUCCGAAUUCCUCAAAUCGCUCGGGGCAAACUAUGUCGUCGAUCGCAAAGCGGACGUUCCAGCCAAGGUUAAAGAAAUCCUCGGUGAUACACUAGUUGAGUUGGUAUACGAUUCAGUAUCCGAGAAGGAUACACAACCACAGGCAUGGGAAGUUCUCUCACCAGGCGGGACACUGGUCUUGGUUCGUCGAGAUGUACAUGUCGACAAGAACAAGGGAAAGACAGUGAUUGAUACCAUUUUUGCGGAUUUCCACGGCCCAGAGUUGCGGCAGUUUGGUGCAAGCUUGCAGAGCAAGCUGACACGCCUGCUUGAAAAUGGGACGAUCAAGCCGAAUCGCGUCGAGGUGCUCCCUAAUGGCCUGGCUGGAAUCUCGGAUGGACUGGAUCGGAUAAAGGAAAAUAAAGUGAGUGGGAUAAAGCUUGUGUCCCGUCCCUUUGAAACUGUGUAA